AUGGCUUCUCUAGGCACAGAUCCCGCCGCGCCCGGCGCUGCUUCGCCCUUUGCACCUGUUCUACACACAUUCGAGCGGCCCAUCGGUUACGUGUCUCGCGCCCUGCGAUCGGCCGCAUACCCCCUCCAGGGCGUGUGGUACUUCCUUCGUCGGCCAGCCUUUUAUCCCCUGUUCACCGGCCGUCUGUUACCAUUAUCGGUGAUAUCGCUGCUGGUUUAUUUUAUCCUGUUCUCAUUUGCGUUUCUUCCGCAGUUGGCUUUCCUCGUUAUUUUCCAUGGCUGGGCCGGUGCGGUAAUAAAUGCGACGGUUCUGGUUCUUGGGGAGGGAUUGGUUGUCAUCCAGGGCCUCUUUGAAGGCUUCUUCGUAGACGAGUGCCGCGUCGACGUGUUUGACGCGACAUUGAUCAACUAUGGCCUCACCGACCUCGUUGCGCCGCACCGAAUCCUCCUGUACGAUGCCCCGAAUACUGUUAAGAUGUUAGGGAAACCCACGACACGGGCCGAGUAUCAGCCGUGGAGCCUGACUCAGAUCGCCGAACUGAUAUUCUUUCUCCCACUUAACCUCGUGCCCUACGUCGGCACGCCUGCCUUCAUCAUCAUCACCGGAGCUCGCCUCGGCAAGCUGUCGCAUUACAGGUGGUUCAAGCUACGCGGUCUGGAUAAAAAGGCAAUAAAGAGGGAGCUGAGCCUGAGGACGUGGGAGUACACAUGGUUCGGGACUGUUGCCAUGAUCCUCGAGCUUGUUCCCAUCUUGAACUUCUUCUUCUUGCUUACCACUACUGCGGGUGCGGCCAUGUGGGUAGCCAAGAUGGAAGAACAAGCGCGGAUACGUGUUGGGCAGCCCAUCACUGCGGCUGACCAAGCAGCUCUGCAGGAUUCGGACGAGCCUGUCUAUCGCGACGAUCCUGUCUAA